GGCAGUUCUGUUUGUUCGCCAGACGGGCUGGGCUGGGUUCGGCUCGGGUCGGCCUGCCGCGCCCCAGGGUCUACGGCGCGUCCCCCUUCCCUUGGGCACGCGGAGGAACGCGUGCUCCCAGCGGUCUCGGCCCUGGACUCCAGGUGACCUGCUCGCCACGGCCGGGGCGGGACCAACCCGUGCCGCCCUCCUGUCCUGGGCCACUGGUCCGCUUUCUGGAGUUUUCUCUGGUGCUCUGGAAAUCGACCCCCUGACAGCAGCAGAACAGUUGUGUGGGCAACGCUUGGGAAGGAGGAACUCGUCCCUGACCCAUGUCAAACCUGAGCGGGUGCCACUGUGGCUACAUUUUGGCCUCAAGUUUUUGAUCGGAAGGGGACGGGCAGUGCCAGUUGGACUGUGGUGAACAGUGUAGGGUGAUGCCUGGCACGUGGGGGCUCAGCGAUACCCACUGUGAUGGAGUCCAGUGUCGUCUGAGCCAUCUAGAACUGAUGCCCAUCCCCAGCUCCUGCUUCGUCCUCUGAAGGCGGGGGAGCCAGCCUCGGCUGAUGGGACACUUUUGGAGAUGGUGCUUCUGAGGGGUGCGAAGCAGCAGGUGCUACCUACCCCUUCCUUCUUUUUCUUCUCUCAGAUUCUCCUUCGUCUUAACCGUCUCUCAUCUGUGAAGAGAACAUGGCUCCUGAGCAAAGGGAAGCGAAGUCUCGGGUGUCGGUGACGUUUGAGGAUGUGGCUGUGCUCUUUACUCGGGAUGAGUGGAAGAAGCUGGACCACUCUCAGAGAAGCCUGUACCGUGAGGUGAUGCUAGAGAACUACAGCAACCUGGCCUCACUGGCAGGAUUCCCAUUUACCAAACCAAAGGUGAUCUCCCUGCUGCAGCAAGGAGAGGAUCCCUGGAAGGUGGAGAAAGAAGGUCCUGGAGGCUCCCCUCUUGGAUUGAAGCACAAUCAUAGAACCACUAAGUCAACUCAAACACAAGACUCUUCAUUUCAGGAACUGAUUGUGAAAAACUCUAAAAGAAAUGAACCUUUGAACUUGAAGUCAGAAAAACUUUUCAUAUAUGAAGGCAAGUUAGAGGAAAAGCAGGAUAAGAAUACUUUGACUAUAGAAAGAAGCCAUAAAAACAAUGAAUUUAGCCCAAAGUCACAUAGAGAAAAAAGGUCAUCAGAAUGUGAAAAACAAAACACUUUCAAGCAGAUACCGUAUUUAUCUAAUCAACUAAAAAUCACACCAGAUAAACGAUAUAAAUGUAGUAUGUGUGAGAAAACUUUCACCAACACCUCAUCUCUUCGUAAGCAUGAGAAAAACCAUAGUGGAGAGAAAUUAUUUAAAUGCAAAGAGUGUUCAAAAGCCUUUAGCCAAAGUUCAGCCCUUAUUCAACAUCAAAUAACUCACACUGGAGAGAAGCCUUAUGUAUGUAAAGAAUGUGGUAAAGCCUUCACUCUCAGUACAUCCCUGUAUAAGCAUCUAAGAACCCACACUGUAGAGAAAUCCUACAGAUGUAAGGAAUGUGGUAAAUCCUUUGGCCGAAGGUCAGGUCUUUUUAUACACCAGAAAGUCCAUGCUGGAGAAAACCCUUAUAAAUAUAAUCCAGGUAGGAAGUCAUCUAGUUGCAGUACAUCCCUGCCUGGUCAGAGAAUUCAUUCCAGAAAGAAGACUUAUUUGUGUAACGAAUGUGGCAACACCUUUAAGUCUAGCUCGUCCCUUCGUUAUCAUCAGAGAAUCCACACUGGAGAGAAACCCUUCAAAUGUAGCGAAUGUGGCAGAGCCUUCAGUCAGAGUGCAUCACUUAUUCAACAUGAAAGAAUUCACACUGGAGAAAGGCCCUACAGAUGUAAUGAGUGCGGAAAAGGCUUCACUUCUAUUUCAAGACUCAAUAGACACCGAAUAAUUCACACUGGGGAGAAAUUUUAUAAUUGUAAUGAAUGUGGCAAAGCCUUAAGUUCCCAUUCAACUCUUAUUAUUCAUGAGAGAAUUCACACUGGAGAGAAACCAUGCAAAUGUAAAGUUUGUGGGAAAGCCUUCAGACAAAGUUCAGCUCUGAUCCAACAUCAGAGAAUGCAUACUGGAGAAAGACCUUAUAAGUGUAAUGAGUGUGGGAAAACAUUCAGGUGUAACUCAUCCCUCAGCAACCAUCAGCGAAUUCAUACUGGAGAGAAACCAUACCGAUGCCAGGAAUGUGACAUGUCAUUUGGCCAAAGUUCAGCUCUUAUUCAGCAUCGCAGGAUUCAUACUGGUGAGAAACCCUUUAAAUGUAACACAUGUGGGAAAACCUUCAGGCAAAGCUCUUCACGUAUUGCACAUCAGCGAAUUCAUACUGGAGAAAAACCCUAUGAAUGUAACACAUGUGGGAAACUUUUCAACCAUAGGUCAUCCCUUACCAAUCAUUAUAAAAUUCAUGUGGAUGAGGACUCUUAAAAGAAGUAAAUUUGCAUGUGUAAAAGCCUUAAACCAAAGCUCUGCAGAGAAUAUGUGCUUGAGAGAUAUAACAAACAUAAUGAAUAUGGAGAAAGAACCUACAAUCAACUAAUGCCAUGGAUAAAUUGUGUUAACAGGUAGAAGGAAAGUAUUCUUGCGUGUCCAACACUUUAAAAAAUUACUUGAGAGCCAGGCAUAGGGGUUCAUACACAUGGUUGUACCUACUGAGGACCUUGAAGCAUGAGGAUUGCUUGAGUCUGUGAGUUUGAAGCAGCCUGAAGAGACUUAGCAAUACUUCAUCUAGAAAAGUGAGCAACUGGGAUGAAGGAUUCACAACUGAAGACCACAACUUCAGGCAUUUGUAAAAUGGUGCUUUUCUCUCUGCAGCAGUGUGCUGGAUAUAAUUAUAAUCAUAGGCAUCUAAGUGAUGAACAGAAGGGUGUGCUGGACUUCUUAUUAAUAAAACACUAAACUCUACACUGGUGAUAUUUUUAUAACAUUUUAAUAACAUCCAAAAGGGAUAAAAGAAAUUACACGUUUUUUUAGAAAAAAAGGGCCAAAAUCUACCUCCUAGUCUCUGGAAUUUAUCAUUUUCUUCACCCAUUUUCAAAUGUUAUGUGUGGAUUUUAUUAAAAGUGGAAAUUAAAAAACUGGUCUCUCUUGGUAUUGCUGUGAUUUGAAGCUAUUUACCCAAUUCUGUUCCUAGAGUUUUGUUGUUGCUUGCUGCUGUUUUGAUUGCUUUAAAGUCAUUUAUUACUAAAUUCUGUUAUCCCAUGUGCUAUUGUCUAGUUAUAUUAAAUAUGAAAAUGGGCAAUUAUGGGGAGCUGAUGAAAUGGCUUAGUGGUUAAGAGAAUGUUUUGUAGUUUCAAAGGACAUAAGUACAAUUCCUAGUAUCCAUGUCAGGUGGCUCAUAUAAGUAACCCUACCUCUGGCUCCAGGGAGCACUGAUGUAUCUAGUUUCCACAAGAUUGCACACAUGUGUGUUCACACUUAAAUACAUAAUUUAAAAAUCUUUUCAAGAUAAAGUUGGAAAUAAAAUUCAAAGUUACUAAGGG